GAGCUAUGUAGAGACAACAAUGGUGUCUGGAAGCAACGAUGGCCAUGCACAUGGGUUCCUGGGUUCCUGUUCUUGUCAUUCUUGUGGGGCUGGCCUCCAUGAGUUUCCAGGAAUCAAGUGACUUCCCUAGGCCUACAGUCGGCUUCGUCAAUCCGCCCAGGUCAGAGACCAAGUUGACGGGCGACACGGUCAAGCUGCACUGCGAUGUGGUGGGCAACCCCACGCCGGAGAUCCAGUGGUGGUACUUGCAGGUGAACAGUAACGAUUCCUUCAAACAGCUGUUCGACGGCUCCCGCAAGCGCCGAGUGUCCAUCAACACGGCGUACGGCACCAAAGGAGUGAGCGUGCUGGGCAUUACGCAGCUCAAGAUUGAGGACUCGGGCACCUACGAGUGCCGCGCCAGCAAGCGUAACGAGUUCCAGCAGAACUCAGCCAUGACCUGGAUCCGGGCCCAGGCCACCAUCACUGUACAGGGUUCGUCUCAGUUCGACUCAUUUAGAACAGUUGAGCUAUGUCCUAGAAAGAGAUAUACGUUCGGGCCUCCUUCUUCCACCAGGUCCAACACUGAUUUAAUAUUUCGCGGUCGAAGUGGAAGGGAAAAGAAGAUUGCUCAGUGCAUCGGAGGUGUUUUGGCGGAUUUAGACCCUGCAUAUAGUAUAUAUGCAGGGUCGGGAUAUCAUACGUCAAAGUGCCGGGUGUACAUAGCAGAAGUAUCAAAGUUCUACGAAGGACAGUAUUAUUGGAAAAAUAAUUUGGUAAAGGAGACAUCUGGCCACACCCGGCUUUUUAUUAAAGAAUGCAAUGAGGAGAGAACAGUGACCUAUGGCAAGGAACUGGUGCUGAGUAUGCCAUGGGAGGCCGUAGCUUUGGAGUUUAAGCGCUCCUCAAGAUCCCCCAGCGUGGUCCUGUGGAGCAAGUUGAACGCGGGCUUAGAGAGAGGAGCCCGGGGCACGGUGAAGUACAACCAUUGGACAGCAGAGAGGAUGACUGGAGCUGACGAGGGCACGUACAGAUUCCUUGACACCAGAGAUUCUCCCAUCAGUGGCACCAAGGUCACUGUCGUAGAUAUAAAUAAACAAGUUGACAUAACUGAUGUCAAACCUGACUGGACAAAGGACGUCCCCAUCCCUUUGCUGGAGGCUGAGGUGACGUAUGAUGGGAUGGUCCUCUUCAAAGACGGCCUGGUGACUCCUGAGGCAUUCAAGGUCUUCGGGAACCGCAUACGACUCCAGGCUACUGACACAGGGUCAACAUUCAUCCUCAUGUCAGUGAGGACUAGUGACGCGGGACGCUACGCCUUCACUGACAGCAGUGGCACUCGGGCUAUGGCCUUGACUCUGAAGGAGGGAGAGCACACAGAAGAGACAGAGACAGAGACAGAGAGCAAGCCUGCUCAUGACCCGCACGGUAUAAUAUAUCCCCUCAGCAUAACGUUAGGGGUGCUGUUGGGGCUCACCUGCUGCUGCUGGACCUGCUAUAAGGUUAUGCCUGAUGACGACAAGCCAGAGCCGCCAGACGCAGAGGUCUUUCUCCAUGAGACUCUGGUGAUGCCUGGAACAACCCCCCCAUCGCAGCGUCGACCUACUGCACCCCCCUCAAUCAGCAUUGAGCCUCCCCCUUCCGAUCCAUGGGCAAACAGCCCACCGCCUUUCCACUCUAGUCGAUCUCCUUCAUAUAAUCCAGUGCCCCAGUCGCCAGUUUCUGAUGCUGCUCCCAGCUCAUAUCAGCCCCCUGCUCCCUACGUUCCAUAUCAGCCGACUGACUCUGAUGCUCCCAGCACAUAUGAACCGCCUGCUAGCUCAUUUGAUGUUCCUCCUCCCUACGUUCCAUAUCAGCCCCCAAGUGAACCAGCAGCAGCAGGAGGAGAAGGUGACAGCAGUGUCCCAACUGCCCCAACUGCCCCCUCUCUGGACAUUGAGUCCCAGUUCCAGCCGCGUGGCUGGGGAGGAGCCAUGGAUGAUUUCCUGUUCAGCUCGCCGCUCUGUAUGGACUCCAACACCCCAGAGGGCGCCACCUAUGCCUCAGACAAACUCAACUUCUAGGCACCAAUGUUAUGCUGCAUCAAAGAUUUGGGCAAGUGAAAAAUGAAUGGGUUUCAAUGGAGCUGCCUAAAAUAACCGAGUCAGCGUGCUGCAUUUAUGAAGCCAAAUCCAAACAUUAGCAGAAUUCUAACCAGUACAGGUCAAAAUCGUCAAUGAAUCGAUUUAGUCGAUUAAAACAUUAAGUGAUUGCAAGUUAAUUGCCACCUCAACUGGCAACUGGCUGUAGUGUGUGUGAAGAAUGUGGACAUUUCAAUCACCUUUGUAUUAAAUAAUAUGAAUAGAUUUAAUCUGUUUUUUUGGGGAGACGUUGAGAUUUGGGGGAAAAAAGACUACUUUUCAAUUAAUCGUAAGAUUGAUCGAUGAAGUCAAUCGACUAACAAUUAGUGAAUGAAUCAAUAAUUUGCAUUCCCUAGUUCAAAUCAGAUGAGAAAUGUGUCUUGGUAAAAACGCACAGUCAUGAUUUUCUCCUCGACUUCCUCAGUUGGAAAUAAUACAAAAACCAAAAGUGCAAUGUUUAAAUCCAUAGACUUUUUCCAUGAUGUAGCCAGUGGGUCGGUUCCAGGACUGCGAUGCUGCACCAGUCCAGGCAUCUACAUCUCCCGUUAGUGACAUACAGAGAGGACGGGUGGUGCUGGUUGUUUGUUUGUUUUCUUUCCUCAGGAACUUUUCAGGAAACUGAUCUUUGAUCUGCAUGGGAAACCUUGUGAAACACUGCUCUAGAUCAAUCACGAUCAUAUACUCAAAGGCAUUAUCUCACUUGAUAUGUCCUGCAAUGUACUUGGGAUGCUUUGUCGUGUUUACACACACACUUAGAGGCAUUAUCCUACUUAUACUGUAUGGCUUACUUACACUACCUUUUAAAGGUUUGGGGUCACGGUACUUUUUCCAGUUUUAUUCGUUAAAACUUGUUAUUUUUUCAAACACAUCAGCUGGAAGGUCUGUAGGAGGUGGCUCAGUCACUUAUCAGACAAUAUGGAAAAACUCCCCGCCCACUGACCAUUUCAGUGUUUUCUUAAAUACACAACGUUUCGGUAACCUGCAUUGUGUAUUAAAGAAACCAGCAAAAUGGCUAGUGUGCGGGAGUUAAAAUUUAAAUUUAGGGUACAAAAGGCGUCAAUAGAUGUCAUUGGUACAACGUUAUCCAGUUUAGAUAUCGUCAGCAUUCCAAACCAAGCCUCUAUUCGCUUCUAACUUAGUCGCACGCUUGACAGAAAGAAUUAUGGUGGGGGAAAGUGUUGUGACCCUUAACUUUUAUAUGCUUACCUUACCUCUCUACAGUCUCCCUUUCAACUCAGAAUCCACAAGUGCCUCAGGAAGCUUGAGCACUCAACCGCAGUUUCCUUCUGAAAUAUCAUCAGGUCUACCUGCUGUCACUUAUGAAGGCCCUUCUUUUCCACAAGCCUUAAACGAACAGCCCAUCGUACUUCCAUAUCAAAAUGAUUUUUCUCUGAAUUAAGAAGAGCAGAUCAGUAUCUCUUUCAUCUGCUCCCUGUCAAUCAGACGCCUUGUUACUCCUGUUGGCAUGUCGCUAGGCUCAGCCUGGCUGCUGGUAUUUGUCGAGGCAGAAGUUAAAUGUCACCAAACUUUUCUACGUUUCCCCACACACACUUAUAGGACCAAUUAAAAUAUGUAUUUUAGUUACAGAAAAUGAAAUGUGGCAAUUUACUAUGGUAUACUAAACUUGAUGAAAAGAAUGAUCGUCACACACUCAGAACUUCAUGCAGUUAAAUUUAAUUUAAGACCAGCGUUUCGGCUUACGCCUUCACCAGAGUCCUCUUACACACAAACAGCACCUCACACGGUGUGCAUUUACUAAAAAACGAAGAAAGAUUUACUCUGGUAUAAAAAAGUCAACAGGAAGAAAACAACAGGAGUGAAUGUAUGAAUGGAAGUAUAGUGGACUAUUUCUUUAAUAUUCUUCACUAUUCUUUACGGUUGAAUUUGCAUUACAAAGCCGGUCAUGCAUGUGUGUAUCCACCUUCUUCCUGUCUCCCAUGACACUAUGCGGGAAAAGGGGUGAUAGUUAUGUCGGAUUAUGACUCAAACAAGGACCGUCUUUCACCAGUGUAUGAUUGUGUAGCUCUAAAGCCCCCUGGUGGAGCUACACACGCACACACGGUCUGGGAUUCUGCAGGAAUGUUCCGUACGUCUCCAGCCAGAAAAUUGAUGGAGCAUUUAUUGCUUCACCAUCAAUGGCAGCUUGCAUUGAGGAGACACAGGAAGGAUUAUAGACUACACAUACUGUAUAUUGAGUCUUUGGAGAUGAACAGGAAAAAGUUUUUGAAGGAAUUUGUUGGUGGCGAGGACCGGCAGAAUGAUUGAUAAAGCCAUGCAUUCUGAAGGCGGAGCCAACGCGUGCUCUCCCAGACCUAGUAGUGGAGCUCAUGAAGCUGUACAGAACCACACAGGUCGAGCAAGUGCCAAGGAAGGCCAUCAUAUGACUACUUGAAAAAGGACUGCCGUCAAAUACUUAUGGAUUGGGAGGACAAUAUACUAUGGAAUAAAUGGCCUCGGAUAACAUUUGACUCAUAAACACAGUUUGGUUGAAUUAUUUGCCCAGCUACAAAGGGAUCAACUUGUUCCCGAAUUUGGUAAUAACAAUAAAGCCAGGACGAUUGAAUAACUGGUGUUUCACACAUUUUUUUAUGAAGUUGCUGCUUAGGUAACCCAUUUGUUUACAUGGGUCUUCAGCUAAACCAAAAAUUGUACCCCUUUUCUGAUAGCAUCGGGAUGUUGAAUAUCAACAACAAGAAUAAGGUGGAUAUGUUGGUGUGUAACUAACCCUGUUUGUGUGUGAAACUAACCCCUUGCAUCUGCACUUGUUGUUCUGUAUAUUUUCUGUGCACUUAAUAUCUGAUAGUGAU